CACUUGCAGACGUCACAUCAGCCUCUGCUGCACAACACUAAUCUACUGAUAGUACCUUCCAGCCGGGGUGACAAAACUGAAGAAGAACCAUCUUGAGCACACAGUCAACAUAAGUACACACGUGAUGGAGACAAUGGGUUAUCCAAUGGGUGGAGGGGCCACCAGGCUGUACAGCAACUUGGCUCACACCUUCAGCGGUAGCCAACAUGUCCCCCUCCCUCUGACCCACUUGGAUCCCUACCAGCCUGCAGACACAAUCCUGAAUCCUGAUUUCUGCCAGGAGCAGAAGGGGUCCCCGGUGAGUCCCCUCAGUCCCGCGGAGGUGCUGCUGCAGUGUGAAGAGGCCCUCAGAGACGGACCACCGCGCUACCACAGGACUUUCAUUCCACCCUCGAAUGGCGACAGCAGCGCCAUCCGGGUAAUGCAGUGGAACAUUCUGGCACAAGCGCUUGGCGAAGGACUUGACAGUUUUGUGCUGUGUCCCCUGGAGGCCCUCAGCUGGUCCCGAAGAAAGCAUCUCAUCUUGGAGGAGAUCCUCACCUACCGACCUCACAUCCUAUGUCUGCAGGAAGUGGACCACUACUUUGACACAUUUCAGCCAGUUCUGGCCCGUUUGGGUUACAGAAGCAAGUUCUAUCCCAAACCCUGGUCGCCAUGUCUGAAUGUGAAGGGCAACAACGGCCCCGAUGGCUGUGCGCUCUUUUUUGACGAGUCACGUUUCGAGGUUUUGGACUGUGUGAGCUUGCAGCUCUCUGCCAUGAAGAUUCCGACCAAUCAGGUUGCUUUGGUGAUGAUGCUGCGUUGUCAGAGCACAAAGAGGUGUGUGUGUGUCGCCGUGACCCACCUGAAGGCCCGUGCUGGCUGGGAGUGGCUCCGCAACGCCCAGGGUGCGGAUCUCUUGCGUCAAGUCCAAAACGUGGUCCAGAAACAUGCGGCCAGAACAUCGGGUGGCCCCAGCUCCCCUGUCCCUCUGAUUAUAUGUGGGGAUUUCAACGCUGUCCCGACAGAGGACGUGUACCACCAUUUCCUCACAUCUCCUCUUGGUUUGGACUCCGCUUAUAAGAACCUCAGCCAAGACAAUUUGACAGAGCCACGGUACACAACGUGGAAGAUUCGGCCCACGGGGGAAUGCUGCGCCACUCUGGACUACAUUUGGUACACUCAGGACUCAUUGACAGUGGACACUGUCUUGGACUUACCCUCAGAGGAAGAUAUUGGUCCUAACAGGCUUCCAUCCUUCAGCUAUCCUUCAGACCACCUCUCACUAGUUUGUGACUUCAGCUUUAAGGAGAACCAGUGAAGAGAGGAUUAAUUGGAUUUACACGAUCUCUUGUGGGAAAAAUUGAUUGAGUUAAUGUCCGUUUCGGUUAGAGUCGGACCUUCCGGAACAAAUGAAUGACGCUAACCAAGGUUCCACUGUACUUAUUGAAGUGUACUGACUGAAGUAUUCUAUUUUUGUUUGUAUUUAUUUUGCUGCAGGUUAUGUUUUUAUGUGUGCAAGUAAAAUUUGACUGAAACCAAAUGCAUUGUGCUGCUGACUGCAAUGAACAUUCUGAUUUUUAUUUGUACCAUUGCUUGUAUUAGAUUUUUACAAUUAAGACUGUUAGUGGAGCAACCAAAAGAAUGUUAAACAGCUGCUACCUAACAGUUUGGGUUCACUCAGCUUAUCUUGUUUACACAUGUGGGCAAGGAAGAUACCGCUUUAACACUAAAAGCUCAGUUAAAAUCCCUUCAUCCCAUGUACGAGAAAAGACUUUUAGGAUUUAUAUUCAGCAGGAUAUCAAGAUGAACGAUAAUGAUGCUAAAAAAGAGCCUAAUACAGUAAUGCUAUUUUUUUUUAGCAGUUUAGUCAUGCAGUAUGAGUGAAGUGUAUGAUUGUUUUGCCAGAACUGUUUUGCGUGACAACAGGUGAGUCUGGUGUACCUGUUCCAAAUGCAUUUUAAUAAAUGUUUUGUUAAAACCACCAGAACAUGGUCUUUACUUGAGACUUGAGAUUUAAGACUUGAGACUUACUUUAGACUUGCAAAACGCUGACUUAUCCCACCUCUGUCAUGAAUUAUUAAAAACCCAAAUCUUCCCAUUUAAGCUGUAUUUUAAUGACUGCCGCAAAUUGUCAACAGGCGGCGCCGUGGCUAACGAUUCUUCUACCGCUAAAACUCACUGGACACUGCACAAAAAUCUUUAUUAUUAUUAGGAUUGUCUAAUGAUUAAAUUUUUUUAUCUGAUUAAUCAGUUUUCACAUUAAUUAAUCAUGAUUAAUCACCAUCUCACACUACGUUACCUCAUAGUACCUUAUCAAAUUAUCAUAUUACCUUAUCAUUUUCCUGUGUAUUUUAAACUAGCAAAGAGUACAUUUGGAAUACAGAAAGUGACCAAAUGUAUUGCAAUU